GGCCAUUUUUCUUUUGUUUUUUGUCAUCGAAGAUGGCUAUGGUGGGAUCUUUGUCACGUUGUUUGGCGGAGGACGAGCGGGAGGACGAGCGGGAGCAGUGGGAGGACCGGGAGGAGGGAUGGGAAAAGGAGCGGGAAAAGGAGGAGUGGAAGGAGGUGCAGGAGGGGAAAUGCGAAGGGGCGGAGGAGCCGCGGGAGGAGGAGUUGACGAAGGAGGAACGACAGGGCAACCGGAAGGGGGUUGGGAGCGGGAGAAGGAGCACAAGGAGAAACGAGAAGGGGCGGAGGAGGGGGAGCGGGGAGGGGGUUAACGAACGCGCGGGAGGCGGAGGAGGGGGAGGAGAUAUGGGUGGAGGAGGAGAGGCGGGAGGAGCACGAGGACGACCAAGAGAAGGAGCGACAGAGAGAAGGAGGAGAGGGAGGAGCAGCAGGAGAACGAGCGAGAGCAGGGCUAUGAAGGGAUCUUUGUCACGUUGUUUGGCGGAGGAGGAGCGGGAGGGGGAGGAGGAGGAGGAGGAGGAGGAGGAGUGGGAGGAGCGGGGGAGGGAGCGAGAGAAGGCAUGGAAGAAGGAGCGGGGAAGGAGCGCGAGUGGGGCUAUGGUGCGGGAAGAGGAGCGGGAGUAGUGGGAGGAGGAACAUGGGCAAAAUAAGGAAUAUCUCUUGAAGUAUGAGAUUC